CGGAACUCUGAAGACUCCGGAUAGACUAGGAGCCAGAGUGGGGGUGGCGGAUUGAUAGGUCGCGUGGAGGGGGCAGGGGCUUGCGAGUGGGCGCUUGCCUGGUGGGCCUUGAUUUCCUCACGUGGCUGCGCCGUCUUCACCUGCGGCCGGCGAGGUGACGUGUGGAGACAGAAAGAACGGUCAAGGAACUCAGACCAUUGAGUGGGUGUUACUUGAAUGAACCUGAAGAAUCUGGUUUAUUGAGUCAGCUGACAGUAGAAAAUGAAAAGUAGUGUGGCACACAUGAAACAGUCCUCUGGCCAUGACAGAAGGGAGAGCCACAGUUCCUACCGCCGGAGCUCCUCCCCAGAAGACAGAUAUACAGAACAAGAACGGUCCCCCCGGGAUAGAGAUUACUCUGAUUAUAGCCGGUCAGACUAUGAGCGAUCUAGAAGAGGAUACUCUUAUGAUGACAGCAUGGACUCACGAAACAGGGACCGAGAAAAACGCAGAGAAAGAGAUAGAGAUGGAGAUCAUCGGAAACGGUCCCGGAAAUCUCCAUCUCCUGAAAGAAGGAGCCCAGACCGAGGAGUAACCCAGAGUUCUACUCAGGAAGAACCUACAUCGAAGAAAAAGAAAGAUGAGCUGGAUCCGCUGCUCACCCGCACUGGCGGAGCAUAUAUUCCUCCUGCCAAGCUCAGGAUGAUGCAGGAACAGAUUACAGAUAAAAACAGCUUAGCAUACCAGAGGAUGAGCUGGGAGGCUCUGAAGAAAUCCAUCAAUGGUCUCAUCAACAAGGUCAACAUCUCUAAUAUAAGUAUUAUUAUCCAAGAGCUCCUUCAAGAGAACAUUGUCAGAGGGAGAGGAUUGCUGUCCAGAUCUGUUCUGCAAGCCCAGAGUGCGUCUCCAAUCUUCACUCAUGUUUAUGCAGCUUUGGUGGCAAUAAUCAACUCAAAAUUCCCACAGAUUGGAGAAUUGAUCCUCAAGAGACUAAUUCUUAAUUUUCGGAAAGGCUAUCGAAGGAAUGAUAAGCAACUUUGCCUGACUGCUUCAAAAUUUGUGGCACAUCUUAUUAACCAAAAUGUGGCACAUGAGGUUCUGUGCUUGGAGAUGCUCACUUUGCUGCUAGAGAGACCAACAGAUGACAGUGUCGAAGUAGCUAUCGGCUUCCUCAAGGAGUGUGGUCUCAAAUUAACCCAGGUGUCACCAAGGGGAAUCAAUGCAAUCUUUGAACGCCUUCGAAACAUUCUACACGAGUCUGAGAUUGACAAAAGAGUUCAGUACAUGAUUGAAGUGAUGUUUGCUGUACGGAAGGAUGGAUUCAAGGACCACCCUGUUAUUCUGGAAGGACUUGAUUUAGUGGAAGAGGAUGAUCAGUUUACACAUAUGCUUCCCUUGGAGGAUGACUACAAUCCAGAAGAUGUUCUUAAUGUUUUCAAGAUGGAUCCUAAUUUUAUGGAGAAUGAAGAGAAGUACAAGGCUAUUAAAAAAGAAAUCCUUGAUGAAGGAGACAGUGAUUCGAACACUGACCAAGAAGCUGGAAGUAGUGAAGAUGAGGAGGAGGAGGAAGAAGAGGAGGAAGGAGAAGAGGAGGAAGGAGGACAAAAAGUUACUAUUCAUGACAAAACCGAAAUCAACCUAGUCUCAUUUCGCCGUACAAUAUAUCUUGCCAUACAGUCAAGUUUAGAUUUUGAAGAAUGUGCACACAAGUUGCUGAAAAUGGAGUUUGCUGAGAGCCAAACAAAAGAACUCUGCAACAUGAUACUUGAUUGCUGUGCCCAGCAAAGGACCUAUGAAAAAUUUUUUGGCUUGUUAGCUGGGCGGUUUUGUAUGCUGAAAAAAGAAUAUAUGGAAUCAUUUGAAAGUAUAUUCAAGGAACAGUAUGACACCAUCCAUCGCUUAGAGACAAACAAAUUGAGAAAUGUUGCUAAGAUGUUUGCUCACCUUUUAUACACAGAUUCACUUCCAUGGAGUGUUCUUGAAUGUAUAAAACUGAGUGAAGAAACCACAACAUCGUCUAGUAGGAUUUUUGUCAAGAUCUUCUUCCAGGAACUGUGUGAAUACAUGGGUCUUCCUAAACUGAAUGCGAGGUUAAAAGAUGAAACUCUUCAGCCAUUCUUUGAAGGACUGUUACCCCGAGACAACCCACGCAAUACCCGGUUUGCCAUCAACUUCUUCACUUCCAUAGGUCUUGGAGGAUUGACGGAUGAACUUCGAGAACAUCUGAAAAAUACACCCAAGGUCAUCGUAGCCCAGAAACCAGAAGCUGAGCAAAAGAAACCGGCCCUGACAUCUUCAUCUUCAGAGUCUUCCUCAGCAUCUGAUUCCUCUGACUCAGAUUCUGACAGCAGUGAGAGCAGCUCAGAGUCCUCCAGUGAAGCAAGUGACUCCUCCUCCUCCAGCAGUGAGAGCUCUGCCUCAGCUAAAGAUACAAGAAAGAAGAGACAAGGGAAGCCCAGAGGUGAAGAAGUAGAUAAGCUAACCAGGGGCCACCAGGCACGAGACCAGAGGCGAGAAGGAGGCAGGGAGGACCAAAGGCACCAGGAAGGGAGGACUGAGAGAGCAAGGUCUGAAAGACACAGAGCUCAGAAC